GCGUCACCAACAGCGUUAGAGCUCUGCACUAAUGAGUAGAAACUAUUUCCUUUAAUCCAACCUUUCAACUGGCAAUCCGAUCCACAGAUUUUAAAGCCUGAUGAUACCUAUUAAGAGAACUCCGAGAUGAAAUGGGCAGAAGUUGUGAACAAAAUGAAAAUGACAGCACCGAAAAUAAUUGUAAUCUACUCAUGAAUAUUCCGUUUGCAUUUUCAUUUUCCAAAAAGGACUGGCCAAAGCGUAAGCCAUCAAAAAAGGACAAUACCAGGAGCAGAGUUUCAGAGACGGUGUAGGAGUGGGAUUUUUCAGCAAAUGCGUAAGCCAAAGAAAUACGACGACGUCACUAAGGGAAACACGUGCUGGGGUUGUGAGGUCGGAAAAACAGAUGCAGGGUGAAGCAGUCGGCUAAGUGUACAAUGGGAAAAAUAUAUAUAUCCCGGCAAUCGUUUGUUAUUUUAUUUUAUUGGAGUUGGGUCCACUACACUGUAAAAAAUCAUUAAAAAAGGCAUUAUACAUAAUCUGCAGGGAAGGAGAGUAAAUACAGGCUUUCCUCGAUGAACCAAUCAUAGACAUUAAUGCUUUUUUGGCUACUUAUUACAAAUCAAAAGCUUUCAUUGUCCUCCAGAACGUCUUUGCUUUCCUGGCCAUGUUGUUUCUCCCAGUGCCCCGCUCCAUGUCCCCCACCGGAGCUUCGCUGAUGGGCAGUCGUCGUUGAAGUGCCGCAGUUGCCAGCUUCAUCGUCAUUCUCGCUUUGGUCGGCCCUGGACGCCAUCGAAAUUAUAAACUUGGCUGUUAAAGAAGGUUAAGUGAUAAAUUAACGCCACUGCCCCGGUCUCCGCUAGCAACGUUUUUUGCUUAUAGCUAGGAUUGGAUUGGAGUGGACUGUAGCUUAGAAUGCGAAGGGGAAUGCCUUGUGCACGGUGCACUUUUAAGUUUAUUGUUCUUUUAAAAAGAAACGGGUGACUAAAAUGAAGCUCAGCUUGAAUCGAGUAAUUACGAAAGGAAGCUCUGACAUAAAACCAAUGUAUGGUAAUACGUUCUAUUCAUGGCUAUACUUAUUGUCCGAGCCUACGGAGUAUUACAAAAAAAAUGUCCGUAAAAACAUACAUCACAAAAUAAGGAUGCGUCUCCCUUUGUUAUUUUUCAUAUAAUGCAUACAACUAAUAUAGACUGAACUAUCAGAUAUCCGCUCCUUAUCUUGUGGGAGUGAAAACGAAAAGUUUAACACCAGCUGGCGUUUUAAUACAAGUUAGCAAGAACAAUGUUAAAAUGGAAAAAAAAGGAAUUUAAAAAAUAGUGGGCUUGGAAAUUUUGGGCGGUUUGUGGGCAUUAGAGUAGGCGUGCCCAGAACAAAUAUUUCCUAAAAAAUGUGCUGUUAAUAUUGUAUCCAAUAGUUCGAUGUGUUUUCUAUGGAAUAAGCGAAAUGUGCUCCUGCAGUAUACGUUGCUGCUUCUUGUAUAGCUUGAUUAUAUUCUCCUUCAUUUACUACUAUAACGAUGUAGUGGUCGAUAACAUAGUCUUCGAGGAGCACCAUCUUGUGGAGAAAUACUCUGUGGACACUAAGGGUUGUCGUAUGCUGACUAUGGUUCCCAAUGACCACGACCUAAUGUUCCUGUGGCGCGGCCUUCGUAGAGACUUUUGCCGCAGCAACCUAAACCUGACGUCCUUUAGCAAUUGCACCUACAACUACCUCAGGACAGAAGUGAAUAUGGAGUUUGCUAAAGCGAGGUACGGCGUCGAGACUUUAGAAAGUUUUAAGUGCAUGUAUUAUGCCAUGGAGCGACACACCGAUUUCGACAAUCGCUACUUGUACAGUCGAGAAUUCGAGUUGCUAACGGAUGGUAACAAUACAAUUGAGCCCCAUGCGGAUAUCAUAAGGGCCGAGUGCUUUAUCAACGCUACGAGCAUCUACAACGGAGUUCAUUUUUACGUUCAUCCGACCGACGAAUGGCUGCGCACCGCGCAGGGUCUCCCCCCUCUGAAGCUGGCUUCCGACGUCGGCAGUUUGUCAGUGUUGAUCGUGGGCCUAGAUUCCAUUUCCCAAAUGCAUUUCCACAGGAGCAUGGCUCGCACAGCCAACUUUCUGCUAUCCCUUCCGCACGUGGAACUUAGGGGGUUCCAUCGGUUGGGUGACGACGGCUUCGAUAGUCUAAUGCCGUUGCUUAGCGGUCUAAGUGGGCAGGAAUUGAAGGACGUUUCGGCGAACCUCACCAGCCUGGACAGCUGUCCUUUUAUCUGGAAGGUUUUUCAAAAAGCCGGCUACGAAACGGGCCUGGGAGAGGAUAACAUAGACAAGAGUCUGUUCGUGAAGGGGUUUCGGAAGCCGCCAACAGACUUUUACCUACGGCCUGCUCUUCUAGAGAUGUGGCUGAAAACGAGAACGGACGGACUAUUUGGCACGCACUGCAACGAGAAGGACAAUUACGCAAUGGUGCUUAGGGAGUUCUUAUUCAAGAUGCUUCCUCAUCAUACAGAGCACAGAUUCUUUACGUUCCUUUGGUGGACCCAGGGCAUCGAUCACUUGUUUAACUAUGGACGGAAGCUGGACCAACCGUUCCUGAAAAUGUUCAAAGCCAUAGGACGGAGUGGUCUGCUUAAGAACACGGUGCUCUUGGUGGUUUCCAACCACGGGUUAAAUAAGGGCCGGUUUUACAAAACCGUGCAGGGCAAAGUGGAGGAGAGUCAGCCCCUUGCGAUACUUUGCUACCCCAGGUGGCUGGAAGAACGAUAUCCGCAAGCCAUAGGCAAUUUAAAGAGUAACAAUCGUCGUCUGGUCACCGCGUUUGAUUUACACGCCACUCUCCACAACUUACCCAACCUGACCUCCCUGGAAGAUGAGCAACUGCAGCAGCGCAGAGUGGAUAUAUGGACAAUGGGCAAAGACAUUCCGCGGGGAAUAAGUCUUUUCUUGCCAAUUCCAGACCAUAGAGACUGUUUCUUGGCCGCCAUACCCACGGCGAACUGCCUGUGUCAGCAGCCUAGAAAUGUCUCGACUUCAGAUGGCUAUGUUCUGCGGGCAGCCCGUCUCAUUAUUCGAAACCUCAAUAAGAUGAUACACACACACACUCCGCCUUGCAAAACUUUAUACCUGGACCGGGUAUUGACUGCCGAUAAGUGGAGACGCAUCGCAGAUGAUCAUCAGUCGGAAUUUAGGGUGCGACUGAUAGCUACUCCGGGCGAGGGUCAGUUUGAAGGAAUCGUUAGGUAUACAGGAUAUAAGCUAGCUGUAGACGGGCAUAUAACACGCGUUAAUGACCAUAGAAAUGGCUCGCAGUGUAUUAGGAACUACUUGAUUGAAAGGUAUUGCUUUUGUCCUUAAGCCACCACUUACUCACCUUAUUUAAAAUUCUCAUAUUUAUAACUUGUAAACUAAUAUUACAUUAAUAGUUUUUGGCAAUAUAGUUGAGUUAAAAUAUAAAAUAAAUCGCCAAUAGAUCGAUUGUUUAAGCUUUAUUGUUACUUGGCGUUAAAGUCGGCUUAAUAUAUGUUCAUUUAAAUUUGCGUUAGUGGACUCUACAUGUGUAAUCUAAAAUCAAUUGCUCUAAUGGUUUUCCGAAUCUCAGUUUUGGAAUGGGAAAUUCGACUGAUCCACCAGCGGAAGCGGCUCGCAGUAAACGCACACGCAAGAAUCGACAACUAAUUAGUUAGUGAUGGUUUUGCCAGUAAUGGGUAAUGGCCAUCCUCUAACCGUGAGGUAAAAGUAUCAGUCUUCAAAAUGAGCAUGUGAACAGAAUGGGCAGAAAUUGCGUGGUUAAGCAGAAUGGUGGGUGGUUGCCAAGGCUGAGGAAACUAUAUUGCCAUUUCCCAAUUUUUAGUUUUUGAGCCAGCAAAAUAUUUAAAGCCGGCCGAUAGUGCAGGGCUCAUCUUGAAAAACUCUCGGCUAUUUACAUCGAUUGUUUUUACAUAGAGUUUAAUCUCUAAUGUUUGCAUCGUACAAGGUAUAUGUAUAUAUUCUUGAUCAGGGUCAAUAGCUGAGUCUAACUGGCCAUGCCUUCUGUCCAUCCUAGCAUUCUAUCUAGUUCUCUCUCUUUGCGGAUGACGAUCGGUAUUACAUAUAUUUACAUUAAAAUGUAUUCCCUAACGUGUUUACGCAUUAAAAUCGAUAGAAAUAGGCUUUUUGUGGCUUUUGUUUCGGUCCUAACUCCUUUCUGUCUUAUUUAUCCCCAUUAACAUUAUCCGCUUCCUUGGAAUGACAUCAUUAGCCCAUCUGGGUGAACAUGGGCGAAGCUCAGUCAAAUUGCCGAUACUGAGUAUUUCCCAACAUCUGUUCCUUACAGAAUCCAUGAAUGCUAGGCAUUGGUUUUAAUCUAAUGAUUUAUACAAAAUGAAGCUCCCAUAUAGUCGCAUUAAUUACGCCUCAUAAUGAGUGAUUUAUGCGAGAGCUCAGCCUUGUGCGGCGUCUGGCAUCAGCGUGCAGUAUUCCCUUCCCAGACCGCCACGUCCUUCCUCACAUCACAACCUACCGCCGUGAUAAGAAGUGUUCAGCCAACGCCUGCGGUCAGAGAGUCACAUUAGCACAAAUGCCCGUAAUUAUGCUUUUUAUGAUGGCACCGCUCCCCGCUCCAGCCAGGUCAGUACCUUAUCGGCCUAGUUGUGUUUGUGGUGCUGACUCUCCAUAGAUGGGUAAAGAUUUUACGUCUUUUUAAUUCCUCUUUUAUGUGCAGCCGGCGUCAACUAAACAAAAAUUUAUAGAUUCUUUAAAAUGUUUUUGGGACUGAUUUGUGGCCCUUUUGGCCAGUACGCAAAUCAUACCAUAAGUUUCUGUUCUUCACCUGGGAGAUUACCUUAUUAACAUAUGCAUAAGCUAACAUAUAAAGUGUACAAAAAUUUAUAUUCGGGUAUUUCAGAACACCUUUAUUUACAAAAAUUUUCGAAAUGUUUUAUUUUGGCGAUCAAACAACAAAAGCCCUUUUCCAGUCUAGUCUAAAGCAGUCUAUCAAAGCCUUUAAGUAAAAAUCCGGUGAAUGCUAAAAGUACCGCCAAUAGAAAGAAAAGGUUUUCUUCAGAUAACUUUAAAAAUGAGAGACUACAUCGCAGCAGUCUUCUUUAGUGCGUUGCAAAAUACUGGCUGAUAUCGAUAUACCCUCCGCAAGGGUAAAAAAUAAGGGCAUUCCUUAUUCUUACGUCCCUAAAUCAUAUUUAUAGGUCUCUAAGAGCUGUCAGGUCGUAAAAACGGAAACGAUCCCCACCCACUCCUAAAAGUCGCCAUUGAGUCGUAAAUUCGGUAAACGCGCUUAAGUGAUUUUCUUACUAAAAGCCAGCGGGUCACUGGGCUUUAAUUGACUUCCCUAUUUCAAAUGUUCCUUCAGAUGGUUGUCGAAACAUAAAAUUUAAUUUUAUGAACACUACGCGUUCCAAGUCGGAGAAACACUGCAAUUAAUGAACAAUGAAACACGUUAUGGUUGCGAUUUCCCUUGUGGUUUGCCAGGCGAGUUUAAAAGGCGUCAUCAUCGAGGAUUUUGUGACAUCCGACAAUAGGACGACAAUAAAUAUUGCGAACAAACAUAAUUGAAGUAAAAAUAUAUCACACUCGCCCAGUUAUGCUACUGAAAAACAAAGCCUCCGAAGUACUAUCAGCAGUUUAAAGUUAAAAAUGAACCCACGCGUUUUAGCCUCUUAACAUGGAGUUAUCAUCUAUGCCCACGGAACAGUCAUGGUGACAUAAGAUCGCCACAAUCGAAACCGAAGCCUGAGGAAACGUGCCGGAUGCAUAGACUUACUUCCGUGCCCAUUAAUGAAUGGAUAUAGCAUAUAGUUAUAUUAUUAUAUGAAUUGGAUGCUAAUCGCUACGGCUGUAUGGUGGCGCGCCUUUGGCAGAGGUCAUCCCAAAAACUGCGGUAUUUUUAAAUUACGGAAUACCAGAAGGAAAGCAAAUAGCUC